AUGAUAUUUAAAACAAUUCAAUUGACACCUUUAGUUAUUUAUAGUGAAAAAUUUCUUUUGAAGUGUAGUAAAGCUCAAAAGAUUUCAAACUCCAUUCUUAGUCAAAAUUUACGUCAGGUAUCUACAUCUUGUGAAAAUAUUAGUUUUCUUGAAAAACAGUUAAAAGAAGUUUUUAAAUUUAAAAAUACUAAUGUUAGUAAUUGGAUUAUUGAGAACAAAGCACGUGCUUUAUGUUAUGGUUACCAGGAAAGUAAUAAAAAGGAUAAACAACAAAUUCUAUACAUAUUAGCAUCUAAAUAUGCCAUUCAACGUGGUGUUGUAUGCAAUGUAGCAGAAAAGUUAAUUUCUACAGAGUCAGACAAUAUAAGACGAAUAGUUUCUUGUGAACGAAAUUUGAAAAGUGUUUUAACUCCAGAUUAUCAGUGGCUGUUUAUUAUAAUUGGAAGACUUGAAAGUGGUGUAAAAUUUCUUGUUGAUUUAAGGACAGAUAUUUUAGAAUUAAUAUUAGACAGUACAGAAACAAAUGAAAGUAUUACAAUACAACAGUUAAAUAUUACCUUGCGGGAUUUGUUACUGCUCUGGUUUUCAGUAGGAUUUCUACAUUUAGAAAGAAUAACAUGGCAAACUGCAUGUGAUAUUUUGCAAAAGAUUUCAGAUUAUGAAGCAAUACAUCCCAUAAAAAAUUGGUUAGAUUUGAAACAAAGAGUUGGACCAUACAGGAGAUGUUAUAUUUUUACUCAUCCAUCUAUGCCAAGGGAACCUCUUGUUGUACUACAUACAGCAUUAUGUGAUAUUAUACCAAAUAGCGUAAAAGGUAUUGAGGAAGCAAAAAUUAGAAUUCUUGGUGGUCCAAGAAAAGAAGUAACAUUUUUAGAAGAAAACAAAUGUAAAAUAAAAGCUGCAAUAUUUUACUCAAUAACUUCUACACAAAAAGGAUUACAAAGUAUUGAACUUGGUAAUUAUCUAAUAAAAGAAGUGGCAAAAGAAGUGAUAUCUGAAUUUCCUAUGAUACACGAAUUGGCUACUUUAUCACCAAUACCUAAUUUUAGAACUUGGCUUUUAGAAAAAACAAAACAAGAAAUAAAUAAUAUUUUCACAAAUGAAGAAUCUAAAUCUAUACAAAACAUUUUAAAAGAAGAAAAUAUUGCAUUGGGUUUGAAGAAAAUUUUUAAUAAUUCAUUAUGGGUCCAUGAUAUUGUAUUAUGUGAAGUUUUAAAAAAACCAUUAGUUCGAGCAUGUGCUUGGUAUUUAUAUAAAGAAAAGAGACGAAAUUAUGCUUUAAACAGUGUCGCAAAUUUUCAUCUUCGCAAUGGAGCUGUUAUGUGGAGAAUAAAUUGGUUGGCUGAUCUUUCACCACGUGGUGUUGCAAAUAGUUGUGGAAUUAUGGUAAAUUACAGGUACCACCUCCUCCACUGCCAAAAACAGAGUGAAAAUUAUUGA